CCCUCAUCGUCCCCGAGAAGGAAGCCGCAAUUCUCGCGCCAUUGCCCCGACUGGAAGCCUCGCCCCGUCUCAUAAACCCCUCUACCCCCUUUCCUGACUUCUCUUCUCUCUUCUCCCAUGCAUCCACUGUUACCCAUCAUUUCUUACAACGCCUCUCCGACGACGUUGGGGAUUUAUACCAUUCUCUGCGGACUAUUCCUAUACACUGCUAGCAAGAUGUUCGGCUUUGGAUCUCGGAAUCAGUUCGUUGUUGCGGGCAGGACUGCCGUCAUCACUGGAGGCUCUGAGGGGAUGGGCAAGGCGGUCGCUUGCCAGCUUUCCGAGAAGGGGGCCAACAUUGUGCUUGUUGCUCGCACUGUCUCCAAACUCCAUGAGGCCCUUGAGGCCGCCAAGGGUUCGGCGACUCAUACCGACCGGCAGAGAUUCCACUACAUCAGUGCGGAUCUGACCGACGCUGCGGAAUGCGAACGUGUCAUGGCGGAAGUCACCGAAUGGAACGAUGGACAAGCCCCCGAUAUUGUAUGGUGCUGUGCUGGAUACUGCAAUCCCGGCUUUUUCGCCGAGACACCCGUGCAAACGUUGAGGGACCAAAUGGAUACCGUGUAUUGGACAGCUGCCAACACAGCUCAUGCGAUCUUGAGACGGUGGCUAGUACCUAUUAGCCCCAGCCAGCAAAUGCCGCUACCACCAAGGCACCUCAUCUUCACAUGCUCCACCCUCGCAUUCGUGCCCAUUGCCGGUUAUGCCCCCUACUCGCCUGCCAAAGCUGCGAUUCGCUCAUUGUCCGAUACACUCAGCCAGGAGAUUGAGGUCUACAAUGGUUCUCGUGUAUACAAGUGCCGGACAGAAGCUCCAGCUACGGACGUCAAGAUACACACCGUCUUCCCAAUGGGCAUUCUUAGCCCUGGUUUCGACAACGAACAGAAGCUCAAGCCUGAUCUGACCAAGAAAUUGGAAGCUGCCGACAAGCCACAGACCCCGAGAGAGGUUGCAAGCAUCGCGAUCAAAGCCCUGGAAAGGGGCGAGUACAUGAUCACCACGAUGUUUGUGGGCGACGUCAUGAAGGGGUCUGCUCUCGGAGGCAGCCAAAGGAACUCGUUCAUUCGCGAUACCUUCACUGGCUGGCUUAGCAACUUGUUGUUCCUCCACGUGAGCCCCGAUCUUCGACGCCAGGCAUGGCACUGGGGGGAGAAGCACGGUGUUCCGUCUCGCCCGAGGGCGUAGUUAAUGGGGGUCUUGCUAUGCUUUGUGUCGGAUUAGAUACCCUGAGCGUGUCCUCUCUUUAUCCUUAUGGUCAUUGUUAUGUUCACCUUGAAUAUCAUGUACAAAAAAAGCCGGAUUGAUCAUUAAUAAGAAGACCCAUUGUUCCACU